UAAUGUUCCUUCCCUGGAAAUUGGAACCCUGGUUGCCUAGUUGUCGCUGUGACUCCCCGAGAGAAGCGAGAACAAACGAAGCGAAGCAGGGUUCAGGCUCGGUGCCAUGACCAUCGACGACGAGAAGUCGAUAUACGUUGGGGGGCUCCCUUACGAGUGUACCCAGGAGGACCUCCAUCGUGCCUUCGACCUUUACGGCGCCAUCAUGGAUGUCAAAAUAGUCAAUGAUCGACAUGUUGGUGGAAAAUGUUAUGGGUUUGUCACAUUUAGAAACCCUAGGUCAGCUGUUGAUGCUAUUACGGACAUGAAUGGCAGGAAAAUUGGAGGAAGAGUUGUAAGAGUAAAUGAGGUUCACACAAGAGGUGGAAGGCCAAAUUUUCAUCGGGAAAAUUUUCACCGGGAUGAAGAGGAUUAUUGGGAUAGAGACAGGGAAAGGGUAAGGGAAAAGGAAAGAGAAAGGGAUCAUUUACGUGACAGAGAUCAUUACCUUGAUAGAAAUUCUGAGCGGUCUCAAGAUAAUAACAGAGAAAGAGAACCGGAUUUUGAGCAUGACCGUGACUUCAUUCAAGCAAGAGAGCAUCCUGUUGAGCAAGUGCUAGAUCUAGAGGAUGAGGAUCAUGAUCGUCAAGGAGACCAUGAUAAAGACUGGGAAAGGGAUCAUGAUAUGGAUUGGAGCCAUGAUAGAGAAUUAGACAAACCUAAAGAUCGUGAUGGAAGCAAGUCAAUGGAUAAGGAGCAACAAUCAAGACAACAACAUGGCAGUACUGGAACCGCUGAUCAUCAAUCCAGAGACAUAUCCUCCAAUUCUAGUGAUGAUUAUCGAAGCCAAGUGCGAAAAGAAAUGAAAGAACAGUUGGAGCUUUCAAUUCAUAGGCGAGAGGAGCUUGAAAAUGAGAUUACAAUCAUUGGAGACAAAAUUGAAGCUAAAAAGCUUCUUAUUUCAGAUCUACAAAAGAAAUCUCAGGAACUAGAGGAUUCUUUGGCAAAUGCUAAGAAGGUCACUUCUCAGCAGCAGUCAAUGCUAAUGAAGCUGCAUAGUUGUUAUCUUCAAUCUCAAGACUUAGCUGACAGACUCAAGAGCUCUGAGCAAGAACUCCAGUCACUUGUUGAUGCUGCAACCUCUGAAGUCGAUGUGGGUAAGGAUGCCAAUGCAAGAGAUGGAUCAGUUUAUGCUAUUGAGAAGGUAUGACAUAUCCAACACAGUUGGGACAUUUUUGCCCGUCCUUUCUGAUUUGGGUUGUCUGUAAACUGUGACACUGAAGAUUGAUUAGUUUAAUUGUGUUUUCUCUGUAUUUGUUACUAAAUAGCAAGUUCUGUACUCUUAACUAAAUAGUGACUUGUGUUCAAAACCAGAUUUUGUGAUAUACCUUGCCAUGAAAAUCAAUUUUGCUUUCA